GUACGGGGAGGGGCCGGGUGUUAGCGCAGGAUUCCUGCGCUUUGCCGGAGAUGGGGAAAGGGCUAGGCAGGCUUGGCUCGGGCACGUAAAAACCUUCCCACUUGGCCCUGGGGUCGGGGCCGCGCUGCUCAGGAUUAGUCUAGCCGAGCUCCAGGGGGCCCGUGUCUGCGUUUGAAACUAGAGAGGAAGUCCGUGGGCCCGAGUACGCCUGGGUCUCAAGAGCAGCCGCAGAAGCAGCUGCAAAUACGCUUUCGCUUUUCCCUGAGCGCGAGCGGCGCUUUAUUGUUUCUGAUUGCGAGGAUUUAGUAGCCCGAGCCUGGCGGAGAAAGCUGGCACAGGCGUGCCAUGAUGGCUGCUCUCUCUGAAGCAAACAACACUUUUACCUUGAAUGUUUUUAAGAAAAUCAGUGAAGAGGAUGGCUCACGGAAUGUGUUUUAUUCCCCCCUGAGCCUCUACUGUGCCCUGUCUAUGGUCUUAGAUGGGGCCAAGGGAAAUACUGCUGCACAGAUACAACAGGUUCUUUCUUUAAACAAAGGUGCCGAUGUACACCAAGGUUUCCAGUCUUUUCUUGCAGAAGCUAAUAAAUCUGGUAGUCAGUGCCUGCUGAGAAUUGCCAACCAGCUCUUUGGAGAAAAGACUCAUAACUUUAUCUCAUCUUUUAAGGAAUCCUGUCAGAAAUUCUACCAUUCAAAUAUGGAAGAACUUAACUUUGCUGGUGCUCCAGAAGAAUCAAGAAAGCAUAUAAACAAGUGGGUAGAAGAAAAGACAGAAGGUAAGAUUGCAGAACUGCUUAGUAAUGAUUCCAUUAAUCCGCUGACCAGUCUGGUACUUGUGAAUGCUAUCUAUUUCAAAGGAAAAUGGGGAAAACAAUUUAAGAAAGACAGUACAACAGAAAAGAUAUUCAAAAUUAGCAAGGAGAAGCAGAAACCAGUACAAAUGAUGUAUCAGAAAUCUAAAUUUAGCAUGACUUACAUAGGAGAAAUAUUUACCAAGAUCCUAGUUCUGCCUUAUGUUGGAGGACAAAUGGACAUGAUCAUUUUGCUUCCAGAUGAGAACACGAAUCUAAAAACGGUGGAAAAUGGACUUACCUCUGAGAAAUUAGCAGACUGGUUAAAUCCAGAUAUGAUGGAUGAAACUGAGGUGGAGGUUUUCCUUCCCAGAUUUAAAUUGGAGGAAGAUUUAGAUAUGGAACUGAUUCUUCGAAAAUUGGGGGUGUCAGAUGCCUUUGAUGGAUCCAAAGCUGACUUUUCUGGGAUGUCAGCCAAGAAAGGCCUGUUUCUUUCCAAGGUUAUGCACAAGGCUUAUGUGGAAGUUAAUGAAGAAGGCACUGAAGCAGCUUGUGCCACCGCGGCAGUCAUGAUGAACCGAUGUGCCAGACUCACUCCACGAUUCAUGGCUGACCAUCCUUUCCUUUUUAUUAUCCGAGAUAACAGCUCACAAAACAUUUUGUUUUUGGGCAAAGUAACCUCUCCAUAAAAUGAUCAAAUACUCUUGAUGCAGUCUUUACCCUCAUGCUGUUUACCUCUGUUUUACCCAGACUCUGAUGUGCCUUUAAUCUAAAGAGUCCUUAUCAAUGUAGUGAUAAUUAUCCAAAAAUAAAAUUCUUGAUUGGAAA